GCGCCGUUCAGUCUGAACUCCGGUUCACUCAGUCUACGAACGUUUGCCACGAGACUUCGACCUCGCCGUAUCGCACACGCUAUCUCUGUCUCUCUCUCUUUCUAUCUAUAACCCGUCUGCCUUUUUUCCGCUUUUCUUUUUCCCCCGCUCGGCAGACAGGCACAGUCCAGCGGUGAAGCCGGGAAAGCCGCGCGUAUUGCAGCCGCGCAACGGGUACAACGGGACGCUCUCUCUCUCAGCCGUAUCUCUCGUGCUUUCGUUACUCCGGCACCAUAUAGUCAGUCAUCGCCGUGCAACCUCUAUUCGUCCGCUUCGACCGGCUGCGGAUCUACCUGCGGCGCAGCGAGAUUCCUGUGACUUUGAUAGCGGUGCGAUAACUACAAAGUACCAAGAUGGCUGCAUUCGUGGCGAAGCAGAUGGUCGGGAAUAAGCUCAACGCGGUUAAAGGAGCGGUAGGUGGCGAAGGAGGCGACGAGGAUGACAAGGAGAAGGAGGAGGAGGCCGAGAGGGAGAGACAGGAGGCUAUUAGGGAGGCCGAAGAGAGAAGGAAGGAGAAGCACCGUAAAAUGGAGGAGGAACGAGAGAAGAUGCGACAGGAGAUUAGAGACAAGUAUAACAUAAAGAAAAGAGAGGAGGUCCAGGAAAUGCCACAAGAAGAGCCUAAUCCUCUGAUGCGCAAGAAGAAAACGCCGGAGGAGCUGGCGGCCGAGGCCGAGGCCGAGGACGAGGACGAGUUCACCAAACUGAGAAACACGAUAGAAACGCAGGUGAACGAGCUCAAGUCUCAAAUCGAAAGUAAGUGCAGCCUCCAAUGAGUCUAUCGCAUCGCGCGGUUCGCGAGAAGGGUGACGCCGUGCGUCGUCAAAAUCGCAUCCGCCCUAUGUCCCCUGGUGCCCGGAACAAAGAGGAAGGGGGUAGCAGAGAUAACGACAAAGCAGCGAAAAAGAGGAACAAUACGCGGAGCCGCGAUCAGCGUCGUUGCCGCCGUGUCGACCAAUCGUAGAUCGAUUCCAGACGCGGUCGAUUGGUCGAUCGUUGCUUAAAGCGCGAACGACGAGAACGGGAUCCGAGGGGGUCUCCUCCCCGGAGGAUCUCGACGGUUGGUUCUGUUUUUUCUCUCUUCUUUUUUCUUCCUGAAGGGCUCCUCGUCGCCGCGCUUGGACGCAACCGGAAAUCGGAAGCGAUCCUGUCGAGGAUUUCAUUCUGCCUGAAGAUAGACAAGCGAGAAUCGGGGCUAGAGAGAUGAUCUAGAGAGAGAGAGAGAGAGAGAGAGAGAGAGAGAGAGAGGGAGAGAGAGAGAGAGAGGUGGGAUUAUUCUCUCGUUCGAGACGAGACGGAGGAAAUGUUUAAUUCGACAUUGGGAGAUUCGUAGAGUAUCCAAGACUGCAAAUUUAAGCGCAUUCGAGAUGAUGUAGACAGCCGGAGAUUGCUAAUUAGAACCUAAAUGCCAAAACGCAAGUCACAUCAACUCCAAACGCAACAUUGGAAUUGGAAGCGAUGUGUUCGGCGAGAAUGGUUCGGAAGAUGCUUGCCGGAGCAAACGUGAAAAUCAACUCUCUCGAUUGUUUACAAUGAGCGACUGUGUACACACUUCAAAUCCGGCAUUCCAUAAAUUUCCUCGACUUUGUCCGGUUAGGAGUCGCGAUCUCUCUUUUAACUGGAUAAACACGUGAGAAAUUCUCGACAGACAUCUCUGAUAUCCCACAGUAUAAUGCAACGAAGACACGCCAAAAUUGACGACAUCGAUGAGCGCGAGGAAAAAUGGAGACUCGAAAAUCACCGCAAAAAUCGACACGGUCGGUGUGUGAUCGCCAUCCUCAAUCAAGAAUAAAAGUGAGAAAUGAAUACCCCGCCGAUCGAUCAAUACCUUUCCCGGUAAAGAGGAGAAAAUUGCCCAUAACCCAAUAUCGCGGAAAGAAUUAUAAAUCUAGGGGCCCCCCUGACUCUCCAUCUGAUUCAGAAGUAAACCGUCUGACAAAAUGGAAGAGGAUCUUGAGGAAAGCAAGAGAGGAAAGAUGGCUUGAAGUUGAAAAAUUAUAUUGAUCGUCGAUGGUGUUCGCGAUGGAGAAAUGUGAACGGUGAAAGUGAUGUGAACGAACGAGAGAGAGAGAGAGAGAGA